CACAUGGCUAAUGAACUACAACACGGUCCGCUUGUGUCCUCAUUGGUCCGCAGGUGAUUUAACAACAGGAUUGGCUGUAAGUAGCGUGUGCCUAAAGGUAAGCAUUACAGGAACGUAGGAGAGCCAACGUCCGAGGUGUUGAAACGAGGAAAGAAUGAGCUACAGCGACACAGAGAGCUGUCACACUCUUUGAUUUAACGCGUGUCUGAGGCUGUCGCAGACAUGGUGGAGGUAUUCACCGGGCGGACACUCGUGAAUAAAGACGGGGAGUUCGUGGAUCCCAACGAGGCGCUGAGGAAUAAAGUGGUGGGGAUCUACUUUUCUGCAGGAUGGUGUCCGCCGUGUCGGGACUUCACACCCAUCCUGUGCGAUUUCUACACGGAACUGGUGGAAGAGAACGACCCUCCGGCUCAGUUUGAGAUUGUUUUCGUCUCCUCCGACAAGUCGACCGACGACAUGGUUGAAUACUAUCACGACAUGCACGGAGACUGGCUGGCUCUGCCCUGGACGGACGAGUACAAGCAUGAGUUGAAGCAGCGUUACACGAUCACAGCGGUGCCCAAACUGGUGAUCGUGAAGGAGAACGGCGACGUGAUCACAGACAAGGGCCGCAAACAGAUCAGGGACCGGGGCCUGGCCAGCUUCAGGUCCUGGCUGGACGCUGCAGAAAUCUUCCAGAACUUUAAGGGUUAGAAAGCAAAGACGAGGAACACGUCAGACCUUCUUUUCACGACGGGCUACUGGAGCCACGAUAGAGAGCUGAACAAAAACCAAAAUAUGAUAUUCCCAAGUUGGCUCAGUGGUUCCCAACGUGGAGAAGAAGGGUCAGAAGAUGAUUUAAGAGAUGUGAAAGAGGAAAUUACAUUUCUGUUACACAAAAUGUGUUUAUUUAUUCAGAUUUAACACUAUUUUUCUGCUUUUUUUUUUCCCAUCAAAGACUGAAUAUAAUUAACUUCUUAAGCACUCUUAAAAUCCUUUGAAUGAAAUGAUGUGAGAAGGAAAAAUCUAACUGUGGUUGGAUUGCUCAUGAAUCCUGCUUUAAUGAGUUGUUUACGAGUAGAUAUGGAUUAGUUUUAAGGGUUCAAAAAGGUUGGAAACCCUUCUUUAAACAUCCUAUGCAUUAAAGACAUACCUCAGGCAUAUCCACUAUGGUUCAUAUGUAAAAGAAAAAAGAUUUGCUUUAUGGAAAUUGUGCGUUUACUUUGACUAAUACAAGCCAGCUACUGUAGUUCCUUCAGAAAUCUAUUCCUACGUUCUUUAUAAGCUUGUGCACUAACGAAACAUGCAGGCAAACCUUGCUUUAUUAAUAUCUUAACAUGCUUUUGUACAUUUAAGGUUUGACUUGUAGUUCUACUUUGAGCUGCCUGUGUAUUUUUGUAUAUUUUAUUUUAUACGAGUUUUAUUAUUACU